ACAAACUCUUCGACUAAUAGAACCAUCAAACUCAUAAAAAAGAAAAGAAAGAAAAAGAAAAAGAAAAAAGAAGUAUUAUGGAGUUAUCACUGCGUCUCGUAUCAUUUUUGUGUGUACUUUUGAAACUUUUGGCGUUGGAGAUAAUGGUUGCUAAUUCUUUUACGUCCUUUCAGCCAUCUUGCCAUGAUUAUGAGAGGUCUGCCUUGUUGCAGUUCAAGGAAAGCUUUGUCAUUGUUAACAAAUCUGCAUCUCUAUGUGAUCCCAAGAUUCUGCAAUGGAAUUCUUAUGGAGUAAAUACAAGCAAUUGCUGCUUAUGGGAUGGAGUCCAGUGUGAUGAGGUGACUGGUCAUGUGAUAGGCCUUGAUCUUAGUAGGAGUUGUUUAUUUGGCUCUAUCAACUCCAACAGCACCUUGUUCAAUCUUGUUCAUCUUCAGAGGCUUAACCUUGCUGAUUUUCUUAGGCAUCAAAACCAAGUACGAUGGAUAUCACUUUCUAAUAACAAGAUUAGCGGUGAAAUACCUAAAUGGAUGUGGAAUACAAGCACAGACACACUGGACUUCCUGCCCAUCGCCAACAAUUUCAUUACAGGUUCUCAACCUGCAAUUAUUCCUUGGGUUAACAUGAAGGUAUACAUUGUGUCCUUUAACAUGUUGCAGGGAGUACCACCAAUUCCUCCACCCUGCAUCGAGAAUUAUAAUGCAUCAGAAAACAUGCUAAGUGGAGAAAUUUCAAAUAUGUUUUGCAAUCUGAGUUCUCUCUACUUCCUUGAUUUGUCUGGUAAUGCCUUGAGUGGCAUGAUUCCGAAGUGUUGGGGAAACUUAAGCAAUUCUUUGUAUGUGUUGAGUUUAAAAAAUAACUUCUUUCAAGGAAUCAUUCCGGAAAUAUGCAGCAACAGUGCAAGUAACUUGAGAAUAAUCGAUCUCAGCUAUAAUAAGUUGCAGGGACAGCUACCACGAUCACUGUCCAAUUGUAUGAUGCUUGAAGGUAUUGUUAUCUCGAACAAUCAACUCAAGGAUGUUUUUCCAUCUUGGUUGGGAUCCCUUCCAGUGUUGAAGAUUCUCACACUGCAGCAAAAUGAGUUCUACGGUGUAAUUGGGAAACCCAAAAACUACUUGGAGUUCCCCAAGUUGCAAGUAAUUGAUAUAUCCUUCAAUUAUUUCACGGGUGAGUUGCCAUCUCAUUACAUUUUGUGCUGGAAUGCUAUGAAGGAUAUCGACCCCCAUCCUUUGACGUAUUUGAGUGUAACGUUAAACUAUACUACUACCGACUUUGAUUGGGUGCAAGUUGAUAAUCGUUAUGCCAUCACAAUUACAACCAAAGGUGUGAAGAGAUACUACGGAGCCAUCCAAGAUAUCUUUACUUUUAUUGAUAUGUCGAGCAAUAGAUUUGAAGGGCAGAUUUCUGAAUUGUUUGGGAAUCUAAAGGGUCUUUACUCUUUAAACCUUUCAAAUAACUUGCUCACUGGUUGCAUACCGUCGUCUCUAGGGAAUUUAACAGUGCUGGAAUCAUUGGACCUUUCUCAAAACAAGCUCUCAGGAGAGAUCCCAAAGCAACUAAAGCAACUUGGAUUCCUCGAACGCUUCAAUGUAUCUCAUAACAAUCUUACGGGCCGUAUACCUCAAGGGAAACAAUUUGAUGCAUUUGAGAGCAGUUCGUUUGAAGGGAAUCCUGGAUUGUGUGGUGAUCCGUUGCUUAGGAAAUGUGGUUAUUCAGGGCCCCCAUCACUGCCACCUUCAGUUUUUGAAGAAAACGAUGAUCCAGAUUCUUUAAUGGAAUUGGAUUGGAAAGUUGUGUUGAUAGGAUUCGUAAGUGGGGUAGUUGCUGGAGUAGCUCUUGGUGACAUUGUGACCAUAAGGAGGCACGGAUGGUUGGUUAAAUUGAGCUACAAAGGGAGACGGCAAAGGACACAUCAAAGAAAUUGGAGAUAGAAGGCUGUGGAACCAUCUCUACUAUGCUUGUUAGUGUUUUUUAUUUUUGUUUUUGUUUUUUUUUUUUUUUUGUUUUUUUUUUUUGUUUUUUUUUCUCUCGCCAGACUACUAUUUAUGUCUAUGUAGUUAUGAAUAAAAUAUUGUAAACAUAAAUUUGAAUUAUUACAUGCUCUUCUCUGUUUUAGUUGAAGCUUGAAAUUAUUA